AUGUCCAGAAACUUGAUGCACAACCAACCAAAUCAAGCACAAAAGGGUCGCCAUUUCGGAGCAGGAACCAAACCGGCAGAAAACCAAUGGAAGGAGCUCAAUGAUGCGGCCUCAACAGGGGACCACCCAGUCGUGACUUGCAUCGUCUCGGACCUCACCAUGUGUUUCGCCAUGGAUGCCGCCAAAGAGCUAGACGUCCCCUAUGUUCAGCUUUGGACGGCCAGCACCGUUAGCUAUCUCGGAUUCCGUUAUUUCCGUCUCCUCAUCGACCGUGGCAUCGUCCCACUUCAAGAUACUGUUUCGGUCAAAGUAUUUCAGCCAUCACCCUGUAUUCUCCUCCCCAUUUAUGGCUUUGCGUACAUAUGGACUGCAGAUGAGAAACAGCUUACGGAUGGAUACCUUGACACCCCACUGGAGGAUCUACCGGGGCUGAGGAACAUGAGGCUCAGGGACUUCCUGAGCUUCAUCAUGAACCCAGAUGACUACAUGGUAGUGUAUGCCAUCCAAGUAACCGAGAGUGCGGCCGGGGCUUCCGCCGUAAUCGUCAACAGCUUUGACGACUUCGAGGGCGAGGCGGUGGGGGCCAUGGAAGCGCUCCUUGGCGGACCCAAGGAGGAGUGCCUGCAAUGGCUCCACGGCAAGGAGCCCGCCUCCUUCGUCUACGUAAACUUUGGAAGCAUCACGGUCAUGACCAAGGAGCAGCUCCUGGAGUUCACGUGGGGGCUGGCGAAUAGCGGCAGGCAGUUCAUGUGGAUCAUCCGGCAUGAUCUCGCCAGGGGCGACGCGGCGGUGCUUCCUCCCGAGUUCAUGGCAGAGAAGGCAGGCCGUGGGUUCAUGGCGUCCUGGUGCCCGCAGCAGGAGGUGCUGAACCACCCGGCUAUAGGCGUGUUUUUGACACAUAGCGGGUGGAACUCGACAAUGGAUAGCAUGUGCGGCGGCGUGCCAGUCAUCAGUUGGCCCUUCUUCUCGGACCAGCUUACCAACUGUCGGUACCAAUGCAAUGAGUGGGGCGUCGGCAUGGAGAUCGACCGCAACGUCCAGCGCAACGCCGCCACAGGCCUUAUCACAGAACUCAUGCAGGGUGAGAGUGGAAAGAAGAUGAGGAAGAGGGCAGAGGAAUGGCGGGAGAAGGCAAUCUUGGCGGCCAGGCCAGGCGGUUCGUCUCACCGCAAUUUCAAAGAGCUCCUCUGUGAUGUACUUCUGCGGUUCUGCCUAAGAAAUAGUUCAGAUCUUUCCAUGUAUAGUUUUUUAAAGGACUUCCUUGGACGACUGUGAUGUACUGUACCUCUUAUUAGUGACGUUUUACUUGCAAACUACCACUAUUUGACUGUGAUGUAGACAUCAAGAUAUGUA